AUGCCACGUUCAUCGGCUACGGCUAGGAAGAGUCACAGCAAUCGGCAUGACAAUGGUGUUGUCGGUUCCGGAAAGAAAGUGAGCAAGCAAAAAUCCAAUGGACAUCUGAAUGGGAAUCACGCCAACUCGUCGACUCCGACUUCUGGCCCCUCCUCGCAAGUCGACUGGCCCUCCUCGCGUUCCAACAGUGACACCGCCAUCCCCACCACUGCCGCCGCCGCUGCGAGGCUGAACGGCGCGACGGAGAAUUCCAAGGACAUACGGGGCCAUCUGAAUGGAUACGCCAAGGGUACAUCGGACAUGUCAUAUGGUCAGGCCAACGGCGCCGUCCCGCAGAAUGGGUGUCUGCCCGGCGACGCCGCGCGCCGCACCGAGAAACCCGCGACCGCUUCCAAGAGGUCCGGCUCCAGUGCCUCCGUCAACCCGCUCCAUCUCGCCUCGACCAUCCUCAAGUCUUGUCCCAUGUACGACACGAUCGCCAUCCUGAUCUUUCUCUUGCAGCUCCCGCCGAUGGUCCUUACCUUGGUCCAGUUCUUGUUCGCCUCCUUGACGUUCAUGCCCCCCAGUGGCGCCUCCGCCGGCUCCUUGACUUCCAACUUCGAUAUCUUCCAGGGUCCUGCCGGAACCCCAUCGCUCGGGACCAUGAUUGCCAUGGAUGGAUUCUGUCUGCUAUUUUGGGGUCUGUUCAUGUGGACCUGGGCUCAAAAUUUCGCUCUGGAUCUCGCCCAUGUCCAGGUCGCCAUCACGCUCGGUGGAGGAGGUUCGGGCAAGAAUGGAGGCGUCAAUGCUCUUUGUGUUGGGAUUGUCCUGGUUUUGCAUCUGAUUCGAAGUAAAGGGAUACAGGAUUUUGUGAUGGGCCACCUUCUUUCCGCCAAAAUCAUCAGCCCCGACCUGCUGUCCCAAUAUUCUCACCUCAUACCCGCCGAGUUCCGACGAACCGAACCCCAAUCCUCUCCGAGCUGGAUCCGGAGUUUGCUUGCGGUUCACAUUCUGGCCCAGGCAGGUACCGCGAUGGCAAGACGGUCAAUGGCCAAAAACCGGGCCCCCGCUCCGCCGCGGACCGGCAAGCGUAUAGAUACUGAAGCAUCCGCCGGUUCGCAGACGCAAUUCGACUCGGCGUUUGAGUCGGGGGCCAGCAUGUCUUCAUAUAUCGGGCCUGACGGCCAAUUUAUAACACCGGCAACACACAAGGAUGGUAGAGAUAGGUUGAUCUCGGCGAAGAAACGCAGGCGACAGGCUAAUCAGGUCCGGAGUCGUCAACCCUUCUGGGCUGCACUCGCAAGCACGAAGGUGACGGUGAUGAGGGAAUAUGAGCAUUCAAGGGCUCUGUCGAAAACUGCUCGAGGUCUGACGAUGACCGAAGAUGAUCUUCAGGGUGUUUCUCUGGAUGACGGACUUGUUUGGAUUACGGAUGUGGACAGCUCGACAAUCCGAUUCGCUGCCGGCGACUUUUCGUCCCCGGACGAUGCCUCCGGGUCGGGUGUCUGUGAGACCGGCCGCUUGAGUGACGAUAUGGAGCCGUUUUACGUCUGUGUGAAUGGUGCUCAGUGGGCGACUGCGACAAUUUCUAAGGUUCCGGACGCGCGAAAGGGCACAAGUGCAGUGCACUGGCGGGGUGAGAUCUCGGGUCUUGCACCGAACUGCGCAUACACCUGCUCCUUCAUGCGGAGUGAUACUGACGAAGAGAUCUGCGCCAUGAGUGUGAAGACACCUGCCACGAGUGACGCAGAGCAAGUCUCCUCCAUCUCCGCUCCGCCGCAACCCACGUAUCGACCGUCGUCGCCCACUACCACGCUGAAGAAUUCCAUCAUCAAUGCCGAAGCCAAGCUGAAUGAGAAGCGCUCCCGAAUGAAAAAGGCGAAGAACGAUCACAAGCUCGUGGUAUCUAAGAUUCGCAAAGAGCUGGAAAACUACAAUCAUCGCCUCCAUAGCGGAACGGACGAAAACCGACAAAAGCAGCGCUCUCUACAACUGGAACGGAAUAUCAAGCAAACCGAAGAGGCUACCGCCGCUCUUGGGGAACAGCUGGACAACCUGGAAAAUAUUCCUGAGGAGGAAUUGGAAGAGUGGACCAUGCAGAAAGCCAAGUACGAGCGUGAGUUGGAGCUGCUCAACUCCGUCAAGGAGGAACUCAUUGCUGCUCGGUCUGCCGUAGCGCGUGAGGUGUCUUCGUUGGAGUCGGAACUGAACUCCACGGUCCAGAGACGGGAACGUCUCCAGGGCCGUCGUACUCGGGUCAAUGAACAGUACGAACGGAUCAUCUCAGCCAACGCCCAGGGUCUCAACGAGCGGGAACGUCGGGCCGCGGAACAGUUCGCUCGCGAGCAAGAUCAAGCAAAACUGGAAGCAAACUUCAACGAACAAUUGGCAAGCAUCACCCAGUCCAUACAGGAGUAUCAGUUGCGCACCAACCAACUCUGGCAACAAUCCGCUGCGAUCGAACAAGCCAUUCAGCAGCAACAGCAGCAGAUGCUCAUGGAUUCUGCUCCCUUGACUCCGGAGGGCAACCUCCCUGGCACGAAUCCACUUGGCGACACCCCAAGCUUAGCUCUCGCUGGCCUGACGACGAGUGCUCCUAGCAGUCGAUCCCUUCUCGGACUCAACUUUCCGCCGCUGAAGUCGAGUCCUCUCCAGCAUGCAUCGUCUCUUGUCGGCGCUACUUCUUCUCACCCUGCCAGUCCAACGCAAACCCCGUCGUACCUGCAGCACUUCCCGACGUCGCCGCUUGCCAACGCCAGCUCGCCGUUCGACCCAGAUUUCGUCUAUCGGGACCGUUCUUUCUCCAACCGAUCCGGCCGCAGUAGUCUCUAUGGCUUUGAUCUGAUCGAUUCGAGCCGUCGUGCCCCGUUCCAGUUCGAUCUCUCCGAGGCGGCCAGCGAGAAGCGGAGAAGCUCCGGGUCGGAAAGCAACGGGCCCAACUUGGGGCUGCGACCCAUCUCCAGCCCGUUCCCACGGGCAGGUAGUCGUGCAAGCGGCAGUGGGAGUGGUGGAAGCGGUAGCGGAAGUGGCAGCCCCAGCUCGGCCGCGGGUAAAGGCAUCUAA